AUGAUGGAAAGAGAUUUGAUCACACAAGAUUCAAAGGAAAGGCCUAAGGAAGUAAGAAGAUACUGCGAGUUUCAUGCCAAUGGAGGUCAUGACAUCCAAGAGUGCAGUAAGUUCAGGUCCAUAGUGCAAAAUCUAAUGGACAAUAAAGAGAUUAAAUUUUACGAAGAAAUUGAAGGGUCAAAAGAAGGAGAGGUCUACGCCUCAAAAAAAAGAACAACAGAAGAGGCCCAAAGAGUCAAUCACCCUGUGGUGAUAAUUUCGCGACCAAAGAACAAUGAAGCAGGGGUACAAAUGGUGCCAAGAGUCAUAAUUCAGAAACCAGUAUCCUUCCCUUACAAGGAUAGUAAAAUGGUUCCCUGGAAUUAUGACUACAACGUGAUGAUCCCAGGUAGAGAGAGUUCGGCCAAUGUUUCAAGAGAGAACCAAAAUAUAGGUUUCUAUACACGUAGUGGAAGACGUUAUGACCCUGCAAGUACAGAAACUAAAACUGUUAAGGAAAAAACCCCAAUAGCCGAGCAAAGAAAGGAAAAAACGGUUAGGUUCGAAUCACCAAUCAACAAACCAGUAACUGAGAAAGAAGCUAGAGAAUUCCUAAAAUUCUUGAAGCACAGUGAGUACAGCGUGGUUGAACAGUUACAUAAGCAACCGGCUCGCAUCUCGGUAUUAGCUUUGCUCUUGAGUUCGGAGACACAUCGAAGUGCGUUAAUGAAGGUGCUUAAUGAAACUUACGUCACGAAUGAUAUCUCUGUCAACAAACUGGACCGUCUCGUCAAUAAUAUAAGCACCGAUAAUUUCAUAUUUUUCAAUGAUGAUGAAAUACCACCGGGAGGAAUGGGAUCAACAAAAGCGCUGCAUAUCACAACCCGCUGUAAAGGACAUACACUACCGGGAGUGUUGAUCGACAAUGGGUCUGCAUUAAAUGUCCUACCCCUGUUUACGCUGAAGAGGUUGCCAGUAGAUAGCUCCCAUAUGAAGACAUGCCAGAAUAUAGGGAGGGCAUUUGAUGCUACUGAAAGGAAGGCCGUGGAUUCACUCGGCGAGGCGAUCCGUCAUCGCCGCAUCGAGCUCAAAUUUAUAACAGAGGGGCGAUUGGUGACUAUAAACGUAGAAGAGGAUAUCAUUGCGUCUGUUACUAGCGACGCACCUUAUGUAGGGACAGAUGAUGAAGCAAUAGAAUGCUCUUUCCGAUCAUUAGAAUUUGUGAAUGCAACAUUUAUUGUCGAAAGGAACAAGGUCCCGGUGCCCAAAAUCUCCAAAACUACCAAGAUAGGUUUGCUAUUGACAGUUGGGAAGGGAGCUGUGCCCAGAAAGGGGUUUGGAAGAAAUCUACAAGGAAGGAUAAAGGCACCUAUGCUCACCGACAAACAAGACCGUUUUGGCUUAGGGUACAAGCCAGAUGCAAGGCAGAGGAAGAAGGAAAUAGAGAAGAAACAAGAAAGGAGGAGAGUGCGUUUGAAUGGAGAAGAGGUCAAAUAG